CGGUGACUUCAUGCUGCGCCUUUUGCCUGCUGCGCCAAAACACAACAGGUUCAACAUAUCAUGGGCCUUGAGGAGUUCGAGCGUCAGCUUGCCGCUGAACAGGCAAACGCUGCUGCACACGGCAGCAGCAGCAGCAACAGGAAACGAGAUCGGAGUCGCAGCAGAGAGCGUAAGCAUCGACAUUCCGAUUCAAAGCAUCGUAGCAGUAGGCAUCGCCACAGACACCAUGACCACUUCUCUUCGUCAAGUAGACGAGAUCGGGACGACCAUGACAGCUCACGUCGCAAGCAUAAACGCUCAAGGCGGGACUAUGAGGAAGACCCUGAGUCAGACGAAGAUGCCGCAUCUCGCAAGCGUAAGAACUACAUUAAGCGGACGUCCUCCGACGAGGAGGAAGAGGGCAGCGAAGACGUAUGGGCUGAGAAGGAAAGCUAUGCGCCUCCACCAAACGAUGACGACCUAGAUGACAUGCUCGCCUCAGCAACAAGCAAGGACCUUAAGCGAGAUGAUUGGAUGCAAGCCCCGUCCGCGAUAGAGGUAGAAUAUCGGCAAAGAAAGAAGGAGGCACCACCCAGGAAGGUCGCGGCAUCAGAGGCGGAGUUCAGACUGAAGAUGCACAAGAAUGAACUGAAUCAUUUCCUGAAAGAUUCGCAAGAUGAUGAAGAUGCCGAGUCAAAUCUCUCUUCGAAAAAAGGUCGCGAAGAGGUUGACUACGAAUUCGGAGACACGGGCUCACAGUGGCGAAUGACGAAGCUGAAGGCUGUCUACGACACUGCCAAGGAAUCGGGGCGAGCGGUUGAAGAGGUUGCACUGGAACGAUAUGGCAGUUUGCGAGAAUUUGACGAAGCAAGGGAAGAAGAGAUCGAGCUGGAAAGGAGGAAACUGUACGGCGAAGGAUAUGUGGGCAAAGUCAAACCCAGCGGGGAACUAUUCGAGGAACGCAAGUUGAGCAAGAGCACACCGUCCCAGCGAAAUACAUCAGUUAGUGCGGAGGCAGGGGGCUCAUUCCCGCAAGGAACGGAACCGAAAGAAACUUCGGCGACCAAGGUCUUGGAUGCGACUGCGUUGAACAAGCUGCGCGCGCAAGUGAUGAAGGCUAAGAUGAAGAAAGAUCCGAGUGCUGCAGCCCUUGAGGCAGAAUACGAGGCUGCGAUGGCGGCUUCAGCAAACCGACCGGAGCCCGACGUCGUUGUCCUUAGCGCCAUGGAAAACCGCAUGCUCGCCGGUGGCCGUGCGGGAGAAGUAAAGCCCAUCGACAACAAGCGCGGCAGGGAGCGUGGUCUUGUUGAAGAAAACGAGGAUAUGAGCAUCGAGGACAUGAUCCGUCAAGAGCGGCGAACCAAAACGCAGAACGGGGGCUUGGUGUUGGCCGAGCGGAUAGCCAAGGACGCAAAGUUUGACAACGACCUGGACUACAUGGAUGACAACGCGUCCAAGUUGGCAAAGGCAGUCGCCAAGUCAGAGAUCAACCUGCGCAACAUCGCCAUUGCGGAUUUCCAAAAGAUGAACCGCAUCCUUGACACAUGCCCGCUGUGUCACCAUGAGGACAGAGACGAGCCGCCGGUUGCGCCCAUCGUCUCCCUCGCCACACGCGUGUACAUGACGCUCCCUACCGAGCCUGAGAUCGCCAAGUACGGAGCCACCAUCGUGCCUAUCCAGCACCACGUCAAUCUGCUGGAGUGCGACGACGACGAGUGGGAGGAGCUGCGCAAUUUCAUGAAGUCUCUGACGAGGAUGUACCAUGCUCUAGGUCUCGGCGUCAUAUUCUACGAGAACGCUGCCGCGCCGCACCGUAAGAGACAUGCCACGCUCGAAGCUGUGCCGCUACCCGUGGGCAUGGCGGAGCAUGCGCCCGCGUACUUUCGAGAGGCGAUCUUGCAGGCCGAUGAAGAGUGGUCACAGCAUAAGAAGCUCAUUGAUACGCUCAAGAAGUCUCAGGAUGGGCUUGGCAAGCUCGCCUUCCGUCGCUCGCUCGUCAAGGACGUGCCUUAUUUUCACGUCUGGUUCACCAUCGACGGCGGGCUGGGACACGUUGUUGAGGAUGAGAAGCGAUGGCCAAAGGGCGAUUUGUUUGCGAGGGAAGUCCUAGGGGGCAUGCUCGACGUUGAUCCGAGCACGAUCAAGAAGCAAGGCAGAUGGCACCGGCAAGAUCGACGGAUUGAUGGCUUCAGGAAGAAGUGGUCGCAGUUUGACUGGACCAAGGUAUUACUGGAAGAAAACACGGUUCGAUGAAAUGUGAAGAAGGCAAGACACUCUUUACGGGAAAGGAAGAAGAUUAUUCGGCCAUGCGCGUCUGGGGUAGCGAUGUGCCCAGCGAACAACGCGGCAUAUCGAGGAUAUAGUCGUAUGUACACUUCCCCUUCCAAAGUGGAAACAAGUGCCUCCAGUGGCCGUUGUGGCCUUGUUUCCUGCUCUACGCCCUUGCUGAUGAUUUGUGAGAGGCGGAUGUCACGGCGCACGCCCAUUGCCUGUUGAUCAAAUUCAUUUACGCUGUCCUCUCUCUCUCUCUCAGCUCGACUCAACCUACGAAACGCGACACGCAAAGCUGCCGAACGUUCUUGAUCAGCGCCUAUCCGCGUCUAUAGCCUCCUCGUGGCCGGUAUGGCUGUACCUGCGCGCCUAGCAGCAGAUGUCUUCAUUCUGAAAUUUCUCCUCCCUCCAUAUCUCGGCCUCUGUGGCUGGGUUUCUUCCAACACAUUUCCCUCCGUGAUCCAUGAGCUCUCGCUGACGCUUCUCACGGGACCAUCCGCGCUGAUUUCUUGGUACGACGGUGGCGGUGGGAGCGGCAUCCUCAGCGCUUCAAGAUCAAUAUCUAAACUGGGCAGGACGGGAUCGGCCAUGCCUUGACAGACCAUCCUUGCGUCGGAACGGUCGAGCUCCUGUUCCAUGGCUCUUGAAUUCGAUGCGUCAUGGGUUGGCAUGGCGAGAAUGUGUUCUUGGCUGUCCGUAAGGCUUUCCACGGCAGGUUGUGAUCGUAGUGUUGGCAAUGAGAGAGGAAACAAUCGUUGCCUAUGUGCGCCUGCAGUCAAGGUCAGCACGAAGAGCCGAGCGUAGUUAGAAAUGGGAAGAUUUGCUCACGUCGUGCGGCAGUCAUCUUCGUGAUUUGCAGUCGCCGGUGCUGUUCCCUUUGACAUUUUGCAACCACUACCACGACGAAGAUACAAAAACAGAUGAUGACGAGAGCAAGGGCAGCAAUCCCAAUAGCGAUGCCCGCAGGACGGAAUGUAUCUGUUGGUUGGUCUGAAAAAACACUGAGAGAUGCAUCCUCGCUGGGCUGAACAUCCGCAAGUGCUGUCGAUGAGGCGUAGGAAGUCAUCAACAUAGCGUCUCUCCAGUUGUGAGGCCUUGUGAAUGGCGAAGUAGAAUUUGAGCUGGGUGAGAGAGGAGAUGAGGUCGGGAUAGUCAUUGAAGAUGUCUUGGGCACACGCUGUUAUGGCAGGAGAUAAUUGAAACCGAGGCUGGAAGAGAGUCUCCUCUGCGUGCUUGCCGUCAAGGUGUGAGAUUUAGUCCGCAAAGGGCGAAACUAAAGGGGGUCGGCGAUGUUGUUUUGUGCUUUGUACGGCCAAUAUUUGCCGACUAAGAAUUGGCGGGACAACAGGAAUAACCAACCGAUCAACCUUC